AUGACUGUUAUCACACCCAAAAGACUGAAAGCCACAGACAGAUUGAAGGCCUCUGGCAAAAAGGGCUCUUUAUCUUCCACCAAAAAGCAACAGAACAUCUUUAGCUUUUUCUCCAAACUCCCUACUCAGUCAGCUUCUCUGCUUAUUAAACCUCCAAAAGACUCAACUAACCAAAACUCGUCUUUGAAAGUCAGUACCAAUACUUCAAAUAGCCACAAUUCUCUUAAACCAAAAAAUUGCAGAAAAACUGCCUUGAAUCAGCUAUCUUCACCUAUCAAACACGAAAAAGUCCUGUCUGAAGCAAAGCCAAAGUCGACUCAUCAGUCUGCUUCGGAUUCAAGUAAUAAAGAAAGCAAAAAUUCAGGCUCUAUAGAUGAUACAUCUUCCUCAAUGUUUGUUGACUCAAUUGUUGAUGGUGAUUUUGAUCAUAACUCUACCUCAAACAACAAUACAUCAUUAGCAAUACAUCCUCUGCUUCCUUCCGGUUCACCACCUAUAGAAGAUGGUAAGCCAGGCCUACUGCCUUCUUCCUUAAGCUCCAAAAGACGUUUGAAGCGUAAGAUCAAUUAUUCAGAACUAGACGAUGAAGACGAGGAUGUUCCCUUGCAGCGAUUACCUAAUAAAAAAUUAAGGAAUAAAAAAAUUAUUGAUUCUGAUGAUGAGGGAGAGGAGGAAUUUAUUCCAGAGCCUAUAGACGAAGAUGAUGAUGAAAUUGAACAAGAAAAAGACAAAUUUCUUUCCAAAAACAUAGACAAUGAUUUUGCAAGUGACGAUCUUGGUGAUGAUGAUUUGGAUGAUGUCUUUGUUAGUAUAACAACUCCUAAAACAAAAAUAAAAAAUAAAAAUAAAUCCAAAAAUAAACUCAAAAAUAUUCACGAUGACGAUGAUAAGGACUCAAUUGAUUUUUCUGAGAAAUUCAAAGCUUCAUCAACUUACAAACCUACUUCAAAUAAAGUUUCAUUAACUAUAAAGCAAAAGAACUCAAAACAAAGGUCACCUACAAAAUCUUUUCAAAAGGAUAAUGAGGAAAGAUACAAAUGGCUUGUUAAUAUUCGUGAUGCAGAGAAAAGAGAACCAACUCAUCCAGACUAUGACCCAAGAACACUCUAUGUUCCUUCUUCUGCCUGGACAAAGUUUACUGCAUUCGAAAAACAAUAUUGGGAAAUCAAAUCUAAAAUGUAUGAUUGUAUAGUCUUUUUCAAAAAAGGAAAAUUUUUUGAAUUGUAUGAAAAGGAUGCUUUACUAGGUCACAACUUGUUUGAUUUGAAAUUGGCUGGAAAUGGGAGAGCAAAUAUGCAAUUAGCUGGUGUUCCUGAAAUGUCUUUUGAUUAUUGGGCCAGUGAGUUUAUUUCUAAAGGCUAUAAAGUUGCAAAAGUUGAUCAGAUGGAAACAUUAUUAGCAAAGGAAAUUCGUGAAAGCACAAAGAAGAAAAAGGAAGAUAAAGUAAUAAGAAGAGAGUUAAGUUGUAUACUAACUGGGGGAACAUUAACUGAAGAUUCAAUGAUUAAAGAUGACAUGGCUACAUAUUGUCUUGCAAUUAGACAAGAAGAAAAAAUGGAUGGUUCAAAUUUGUUUGGUAUUUCUUUUGUUGAUACUGCUACAAGUAAGAUGAGAAUACUAGAAUUUAAUGAUGAUAGCGAAUGUACAAAUUUGGAAACUUUUAUUAAUCAAAUAAAACCAAAAGAAAUUAUAGCUCCCAAAGGAAAUUUAUCAUCGUUGGCUAUUAGAAUUAUCAAGUUUAAUUGUGCAGAAAAUAGUAUUUGGAAUUAUGUUAAGGACGAAGACGAAUUCUGGGAUGCAGAUAGAACUAUGGAGGAGAUAUCUCACGCAAAUUAUUUUAAUGACGAAAACAUCAAUAAUCAGAAAAAUUGGCCCAAAGAUUUAAUUAAAUAUUCCGAGAAAAAGCAACUUGGGUUUUCGUCCUUUGGUGCAUUGGUUUGGUAUUUAAAAUCCUUAAAAUUAGAUAGUGAUUUGAUUUCAAUUGGAAAUAUCAAAGAAUAUAACAUCUUUGAUAAUAGUAAUUCGUCACUUAUUUUGGAUGGCCAAACUUUGCAAAAUUUGGAAAUAUUUAAAAAUUCUUUUGACGGAAGUGAUAAGGGCACGUUAUUCAAGUUUAUUAGUAGGUCAAUUACACCAUUUGGAAAGAGAAUGUUAAGAAGCUGGAUAUGUCAUCCACUUUUAAAUAUCAGUGAUAUUAAUGAAAGAUUAGAUGCUGUUGAGGCUAUGAUGAAUGAUGGAAACUUGCAAUCUAUCAUUACUACACAUUUAAAAUCCUUGCCUGAUUUGGAAAGAUUACUUUCUCGAGUUUAUUCUGGGAGGUUACCUGUAAAAGAUUUUGUCAAAACGAUUGAGGGGCUUGAAACCAUUCAGCUGAUGGUAAAUGAAUUGAUCAGCGAGUAUAAUUCUGUUGAAGCACUUCCUGGAUCACUUUCCGGUAUAUUUAGUCAAAUACCAAAAGAAUUAGAGUUUUGCAUAAAAAGUUGGGACAAUACUUUUGACAGAGAAGAAGCUAAAACAAAUGGCGUUUUGAUUCCAGAGAAGGGUGUAGAGAUUGAUUUUGAUGAGUCUGUUGAAAAGAUGAAGAAACUUGAGAAUGAUUUGAAUAAAUGUUUGAGAUCAUACAAAAAGAAUUUUAAGUGUCAAGAGUUUUGUUUUAAGGACUCGGGAAAAGAAAUAUUUUUAAUUGAAGUACCAAGCAGGUAUAUUAAAAAGAUUCCUAGAGAUUGGCUUCAGAUGGGUUCAACAUCAAAAGUAAAAAGAUAUUGGUCUCCAGAAGUUAGAGACUUAGUCCGAGAAUUGCUAGAAACUCGUGAGCUUCAUAAGGAUAUUGUUAAUAAUUUGAAAAAGAAAACAUAUUCAAGAUUUUCUAAAGACUAUGCUUUAUGGUUAAAAGCCGUAAAAGCAAUUGCAAAAGUUGAUUGUAUAUUGGCACUCUGUUUAACUUCUGAAUCUUUGGGCGAAACUGCUUGCAGACCUAUCUUCAUUGCAGACAAUGAACAUGGUAGUUUGAAUUUCACCGAAUUGAGACACCCAUGUUUUAUGGCAGGUAAUACAGGUGCUAAGGAGUUCAUUCCCAACGAUAUUCAGUUGGGAGGAAAAUCAGAAGCUAAGAUUGGUUUAUUGACUGGUGCAAAUGCAGCUGGUAAAUCAACGAUUUUACGAAUGACUUGUAUUGCUGUGAUCUUAGCUCAAUUAGGAUGUUGGGUUUCUUCAUCGUCUGCAAAGUUGACUCCCAUUGACAGAAUUAUGACAAGAUUAGGAGCUAAUGAUAAUAUCAUGCAAGGAAAGUCGACAUUUUUGGUUGAGUUAUCAGAAACUAAAAAAAUGAUUGAAUUUGCAACACCAAGAUCAUUAUUGGUUUUGGAUGAAUUAGGAAGGGGUGGGUCUUCUUCUGAUGGUUUUGCAAUUGCAGAAUCCAUUCUUUAUCAUAUUGCUACUCAUAUUCAGUCCUUGGGUUUUUUUGCCACUCAUUAUGGAAGUUUAGGUCUUUCAUUUAAAAACCAUCCAUCAAUAAAACCACUAAGAAUGAAGAUAUUAGUUGAUAAAAAUUCUAGAAAUAUAACCUUUUUGUAUAAAUUAGAAAAAGGUGCUGCUGAAGGCUCUUUUGGUAUGCAUGUUGCUUCUAUGUGCGGUAUUAAUGAGAAAAUUAUUGAAUGUGCCGAAGCUGCUGCGAAAAAUUUAGAACACACAUCCCGAAUCAAAAAAUCCAAUGAGUUGGCCAAGUUAUCAGAAACUGGUAUUCCUUUGGGUCUACAGUCAGACUUUUCGUGGUUGUUAAAAGGUGAAUUUAAUAAUGAAAAAAAUCAUAUUGGGGAAGGAGUGGUUCUUUACAAUGAACCAGUUAAGAGCCAUGUCAUAAAAAGUAUGAUUUCUAUGAUUGAAGGAUUAUAA